UGAGGAGGAGGGGCCUGGCGCAAAGGCGUGUGUGCGCGAUGCGUCAUUGGCAUCGCGCAGUUUGAUUCUCCUUUAAUCUGAGAAGGGCGUAGUGACUUUAACGUUACCGGGUUUUCGCACCGGCUCAAACGCUUUUAAGCGAGAGUUUAUACCCAUAAAACAUGAUCAGAAACGGAAACCAUGGAAACCAGGAGGACGACAGCGGAGCGUCGGGUUCCAGCAGCCAGGGGUCGUCAGCCCGCAGCCCGGAGAAGAGGAAGCGGGUGAUCCGGGUGUGGUGUGACGGCUGCUAUGACAUGGUGCAUUACGGUCACUCAAACCAACUGAGACAGGCCAAAGCGAUGGGAGAUUAUCUGGUAGUUGGAGUUCAUACAGAUGAGGAAGUAGCCAAACACAAGGGUCCUCCUGUCUUCACUCAAGCCGAGCGGUAUAAAAUGAUACGGGCCAUAAAGUGGGUGGAUGAGAUCGUGGAAGGUGCGCCAUACGUCACCACGCUUGAGACAUUAGACAAGUACAACUGUGAUUUCUGCGUGCACGGAGAUGACAUCACCUUGACCGUGGACGGGAAGGACACAUACGAAGAGGUGAAGAGAAUGGGCAGAUACAGAGAAUGUAAACGCACGCAGGGAGUAUCCACGACGGAUCUGGUCGGUCGUAUGCUCUUGUUGACUAAGGCUCAUCAUAGUAACAUUGAUAACACAGCGUACCAGCUCCACACGGAUAACUUUGGAAAGGGUCCUAAAGGUCACAGCCCCUGGACCGGCGUCUCUCAGUUCCUACAGACUUCUCAGAAAAUCAUCCAGUUUGCCUCGGGAAAAGAGCCGCAGCCUGGAGACACCAUCAUGUAUGUGGCAGGAGCCUUCGACCUCUUUCACAUCGGUCACGUGGAUUUCCUCGAGACCGUUCACAAACAGGCCGAGAAGCCCUACGUCAUCGUAGGGCUGCACUUUGAUCAGGAAGUGAACCGCUACAAGGGGAAGAACUAUCCCAUCAUGAAUAUUCACGAGAGAACUUUGAGCGUGCUCGCAUGCAGAUAUGUUUCGGAAGUGGUGAUCGGUGCCCCGUACGCAGUAGGCCAAGAUCUCCUGGCUCAUUUUAAGGUGGAUCUGGUGUGCCACGGCAAAACAGAAGUGUUUCCAGACACAGACGGCACAGAUCCUUACGCCGAGCCGAAGAAGAGAGGGAUUUUCCGCAUCUUGGACAGCAGCAACAGCCUGACCACCGAUGACAUCGUGCAGAGAAUCAUCAAGAACAGGUUGCAAUUCGAGGCCAGGAACCAGAAGAAGGAAGCUAAAGAGAUGGCUGUAAUCGAGGCUUUGAAGCAUAGAGAAGAUUCGCUGAAGACCGAAUCCGUUCUGGCGAAUAUUCAACUGUAAACUGUAAAUAGAUUGAAUUGUCUUAUAACCAAAUUUACCCCAGACUGCUGAAAACCACUGACCCGUUUCUCUUGGCCCACCCUAAAGCUCGAUUUAACAGCUCCAUUUACCGUACCAUGCCUAAACCAGUACCGCAUUUCAUAGAACAAGGCAGAAGACGACGGACUUGUGUUUUAAUCUUACAACAAAAGCACUUUACAGUGCGGUGAGAGUUUUUAUGGUACCUAGGUUGAAUAACGUUCGGCGAGUACUGUCUGUGAAGGUUGAAUUGUGUCAUUUCAACGUUUCGAUUUUUCCGAGAUCCACACAAAUAUCUGUAAAUGAAGGAAUGCUUUUAAAAGUGUUUUUAACUUUAGCAUGCAUACUUGAAACAGACGUAAAGCUUUUUGGGGGGAUAUUGUGCUGACAUUUUCCAUUGUUUCCUAGAAACAGAAUCUGUGUUUUCCUGGGGGUUGAUUCUUACAAGAAAUGUGGUAGCAGGUCACAUUUUAAUCCAAAAUGAAAAAAUAUUAAAAUAUUGCACCUUUGAUUUUAUGUGAGAAAAUAUAUGUAAUUUAUUAGUGUUUCCUAGUGAUUUUGGAGUGAGUUAUGACCUGACAGUUUUGUGAGAUUUAACCCAGGUAUUUUAUUUUCUAGAGGUGCUCUUGUAAAUUUACUCAUCCCAUUAAAACUGGGACCUCUCAGAACUGCAGUUAUACACUUUUACCAAACGUCGCUUCGUAUUUGGGUACAUGCCGGUCAUUUUACGUUUCUUUCUCUGCAUUUGGUGACUUUUAUCUGCCUGUUCUCGCCAUCAACUUCAUCCUCCCGAGCGAGUCGUAGAUACUUGUGACGUCAUCAAAAUCAUGCCCAAAGGAUUGUCUGACCUUUGACCACUGGUGAUUUUUAGACGUUGGGACGUACGACCGUCACACUUCCAUUUCAUUUUUAACAUGCAACAUAAAUAUUCUUUUCGACCCCCAGCUGUCCAUAAUCUGACUUUUAAAACUUGUUUUUAUCUUGUUUUAAUCAGUGUGACACAUGCUUUUUAUUCUUAUCAAAGCACCUUGCUAUAAUAGCGUGGUUUUGUUUUGUUUUAGAAUUCAUUGCAGUGAAGAAAACAUGUAACACUAAUUUAAUGUUGUAGAACUGUUGAGUGACCAAUUCUGAAUGUCCUUAGAUAAUAUAACUGAUCUCAUAAUCAGUUCAUCCAUGCUAUAAAUAAUUGCUUUGUUGCAAAGUAGAUUGCAAAUAUUGUUUUGCAAUAAAACAGAUUCAAAACUCAUUCUUUCUGGUUUGACU